AUGGCAACUCACCCAAGUUCUCAGCGAUAUAAGAGCACUGAUAUGGCACAAAAAGCUCUAAGCAAGCAUUCAACACCGAUCCGCAAAUCAUUGCCUCGGUUGCAGCAAUACAAGCGGGGACAAGGUCUUAAUUCCCCAAAGAUCUGUCGGUCAGAAGCCCUUACAGCAUGGCUCGCCCCUCAACCUCUUCGUGAACGUCCCAGAAAGGCCUGGCAGCAACAAUCGUUACUCCAAAAGAAAAAACCUCGUCGUCUUGCUCUUCGCUCGGACUUAUGGCGGACAUGGAAAAUAAGCGACUUCCCUGAAGGUGAGUUUUGGGGAGAACCAGACAUGGACGAAAGAAACAGCGAAUCCAAAAGACUAUCCUUGAUUGAUGAAGACGAGAGCUGGACGGACAGUGACCUUGAUGACGAUUGUGCACUACCGCAGGCGGUAUCACGAGAUUUAUCUAAACAUCCACAAUUUAUGCCGGCAUCAAAUGUUCAUUCCUCCAAACUGACAAUUCGAAGAAAUAAUUCGUCAGAUUCCUCAUCAGAUGAGGAGAUGGGUAUCGACGAAGAGCAAGCAGAAGCCCCAGACACGCUACCUCCUCCAGUCAAUUAUACCAUGUCAUCAUUUGGUAUCAACGAGUCAGAAGCCACUGACUACUCAAAAUCGCAUACAGAUUCUCUCGAAAACAUUUUCGAUACUAUUUUUCAAGAGUCAAGUUCUCAGUCAAAGGAAGAAAUGAGGUUGUACUGUCUUGCCUCUGUCCCCAAGGUAGGGUCUUCUUAA